UUGAAUAGACGAGGCAUGUAUUAUGAAGGAAAAGGUUUGGAUGCUGAAAUGCCUGUCAAGCUAGCUGAACUGUAGUUAUUUAUCCAGUGCUGGAAGGCAUUCCUGGCUCUUAGGAGUCACCAAGAAAUUUCUAGGUCAGCCAGACUAGGAAACAUCCCAGAGUCAUUUGUGGCGUUAGUGCUGUCUGCUUUUCCUUGGACUGGACUCCUCAAACGAGAUGAGUGGGCCCAAAACAGUGUGAGCGUGUGCAUGCCACCUUGCGAAGACCCUCAGCAGCCAUGGGUGAAUAUAGCCGUUUCAUAGAUUGGGACAAGAUGGACGCUUCUAUCCAAGACCAGGACUCUAAAGAACUGACCAGCACAGAAUUCCAAGAGCUGAAGCAACUGGCUCGCCAGGGUUAUUGGGCCAAGAACCACUCUUUGAGGGCCAAAGUGUAUCACAAACUAAUUGGCAACAUCCCUUGCCGCACAGUGACACCAGAUGCCAACGUCUACCGGGACAUUGUCGUGAAGAUUGCAGGCAAACGUAACAUCAGCGCCCUCCCGCUGCCUGAAUUCGUGGACGACAGCUUAGUUCCCACUUACUGCCUGAAUGCAGAGGGGGUGGGCGCAGUGAGGAAGAUAAUCUCAUGCAUUGCGAGCCAGUUCCCGGACAUAUCGUUCUGCCCGGCGUUACCCUCUGUCGUGGCACUCCUCCUCCAUUACAGCCGGGACGAGGCAGAGUGCUUUGAAAAAGCUUGCCGCCUCCUCGCCUGCAACGAUCCCUCCAAGCAUUUCGUCGACCAGACUUUCCUGGCUUUUGAGUCGUCUUGCAUGACCUUUGGCGAUCUGGUGAACAAGUACUGUCAGGCAGCUCACAAGCUAAUGGUGGCCGUAUCCGAGGAUGUUCUGGAAGUGUACUCUGACUGGCAGCGGUGGCUCUUUGGAGAGCUGCCCCUGACGUACAUUGCGCGAGUCUUCGACGUGUUCUUGGUGGAGGGCUACAAGGUGCUUUACCGCGUCGCCCUGGCCCUCCUGAAAUUUUUCCACAAGGGGAGGGUCGGGCAGACGAUGGAGUCACAAAACGUGCAGCAGGACAUCCGGGCUUUUGUCAGGGACAUCGCAAAGUCCGUGUCCCCCGAGAAACUGCUAGAGAAAGCUUUUGCCAUCCGGCUCUUUUCGCGGAAGGAGAUCCACCUCCUUCAGAUGGCGAACGAGAAGGCUCUUCAGCAGAAAGGCAUAACGGUCAAGCAGAAGAGCACUUCAUCUCCCAACAGGCAGAAUGUCCACUUGGCCGUCCACGCUGAAAAUUUCAAGUCUGAAAUCGUGGAUGUAAAGAAGAUGAGAGACAUCUGGUCAUGGAUUCCGGAACGCUUUGCACUUUGCCAGCCUCUGCUAGUUUACACCACCUUGGAGCACGGCUGCAGCUUGAGCAGGUUUUAUUCGCACUGCGAGGGACACGAGCCAACUCUCCUCCUGAUUAAGACGACUGCCCAAGAGGUCUGCGGUGCUUUUUUAUCAACGGACUGGAAUGAACGCAAGCGAGGAGGAGGAAAGCUGAGCUUCUUUGGGACAGGGGAAUGCUUUGUAUUCAGGCUGGUGCCCGAAGUGGAGCGCUAUGAGUGGGUGAUAAUCAAGCACCCGGAACUAGCCAUGACUGGUCCUGAACAAGGAGCUGGUACCCCCCAGGCGUCGGAGCCUCUGCCCUCUUCCAGCGUCCCCCCCGAUCCUUCAGAUCGCCUCUCCCCCUUCCUUUCUGCCCGGCACUUCAACCUGCCUUCCAAAGCAGCGUCCAUGUUCAUGGCUGGCGACAGAGAAUGCAUCAUCAUAGGCGGCGGUGACGGCCAGGCGCUCUACUUCGAUGCCGAUCUGAACCACGGAAGAACCAGCCACUGCAACACUUUCAACAACCAGCCGUUGUGCUCGGAGACCUUCCAGAUUGCAGUCCUGGAGGUGUGGGGCUUCAUUGAUACCAUGAGUAGCUGAGGCAGCUUCCGCCCUACAGGAUUCCUCCUCUCGGAGAAUCUCGUGAUUGUGAGCACAAUUCCAGUUGCAAGAGUCAAGCUAAUGCCUGAACACCACAUUAGCAAGGUUCCUUGUAAUUCAGAGAUCAGGAAGGGGUUUUUUUUUGAGGCGUACCCUUAAAUGCCAGGUCUAGUUCUUGCUGUUGAUGUCUUCAUAUGCAAUUUCUGUUGGACUCAGCGGGAUCGUCCAGUGCAUUAACCUUUUUUUGUGUCUAAAUCUUGAUUUGUAUCAUGAUAUUUACAGAGGGGAGGCCAUGAGCUACCCUCAAGCUGGUGCAUAGUCAUGUCAGAGCUGUCUGCAAAAACACAGCUUCACCUCCCGAGAGGCUGGGUGUUCUUCUGGUUCUGGCAAGUCUUUGUAGGCAGCCAGAGUAUAAACUGUGUGUCUUGUGGACAGAUUUAGAUUCAUACCAGCAUUGGCUUGGAUCCUGAGGGACCUGUAUGAGGCAUAUUUAUUUUUCCCCCCACUGUGCUGCAUAACUAUCCAGCCCAGAGAGGAUCCCCUAACACUCAGGAGUAGCUUUUCUGGGGCUGAAAUGGGAAGGACCAGGAAUGCACGCGCAUCCUGUUCAGGGUACGCGGAAAAACUCUGCACAUGCUGCUUAGGAUCAAAGCCACCGUCUUCGGGAUUCUGUUCUCUGAAAAGAGAUUCCUUUAAGCAGUUUUGUGUGCUCGCGUGUCACAUAUGAAUGCGCUCGGUAGCUGAAGAUUGUCUUUUUUGUCUGACAUUCCAUCACGGCUAAAAUAAGCUUGGGAUUAUUCAGGUGCGCUCGCUUCCCGCAGGUGUCCAGUCCUGCCAGUCUGCUGACGGCUUCUGAUAUGGCACAUAACUCUCCCUAAAGAUUUUAGCUGUUAGAUUGGGGCUGCUGUAGGUGCGCGAAGGAGGAACGCUCCCUUCCGCUUCUGCAUUGCACUGGAAAGAAGAUAGGUAGAACCUGAGAAAAGAUGUGAAAGGCCGACCUAGGUUUUCAGCACAAUCUUCAGAGUCAAAACCACUCCUGUUGGCUACAAAGAUGUUUAAAACUUACCAGCCUUUGUCUCACCUGCAGAGAGGACUACUUUCUCCCAGAGACUCUAGGGGGUGCUGUUUUACUGGUUGGCUAUCUUGGUCUCCAGAAGCCUGAACUUCUUCCUUCACUUUCAAUGCAGGUCAUCAUCAGAUAAAGCAAAAAAUCUGCUUCUGGGAGUUGUAUCUUGUCAUUUUGCUCCUUCACUCCCUGCUUCUCAAUUACCUACCUCAGCGAAUGAAAGAGGGACAUUUUUCAGUCUCCCCAAUGUCUUGGCAGCUGUGGUGAAGUGGAGAGCUUAGAGGCUUUGCGUUCUCUUUGACAAAUAGGCCAAUAAUUAAUUGUGUAACCCAUAUGCUGUAUGGAGUAUAGACAGACGUUGUUUACGGACAGAAAUGGGGAUCAGACCUGGCAGCUCCAGGUACAUUUCAACGGGAGCGAGAAGCUAUUUUGUGUUCUCUAGUUCCAAUGCUGCCACCUAAUUCCUUAGUUAGGGGUUCCGUGGGUAAAGAAGAUUUGUUGCACGGUAUCCUACUUCUAAUGCCAAGUCAUAUGUGAAAGGCGAUGAAGGUUUAUCUGUGGUAGUCCUGCGAUUCUGAACGAUUCACUGUAAUUUCAAAUACUCUCUUCCCCCCGCGCCCCCCCCCUCCCGAUUCACAGAACUAGAUUUAAGAAGUAGAAAUUCCAGCAAAUCAUGCUUAGCAACACUUGGCCUUGGCGCCUGAUUACCAGGUUCAUCCAGAAUACGAUGGCCCGUUUUUCGCAGGUAUUGUGAAAAACAAAUUCACCCACCUUUAGGGGAAAUAGGAUUAAGAAAAUCAUGGCUGGGAUACCACGUGCCUGCUUGGAGGCUGGCUGGUGAGGCCACUUCACAGUUUGGGUCAAAAUAGAACAGCGCUUGAUGAGUCCUGGCCCUGUUCCUGAAAAUCAUGAGUUAAAUGGGUAGCCCUCAUUGAAUCUUGGAGAGCUCUUAAAUUACUUCGUAUCGAGCACAUGGACGUCUUCAUUCGAUUUGUGUCUGGGAUAUUAAGGUUCUGAUGAUUGGGAUGGAGUUUGCCCUAGAAAACGAUCUAUCUGUAACCUUUGCCCUCUCUGAUUAGUUCUGGAGAGCAACAUUGACAAUGCUGAGUAAGGGAAGGGAUCCUGGAGGGAUCCAGGAAAAUGACACCUGCUUUUGCAAAGGUGGAUUUAGUUGACUGGAUAUGAACACCUAGGAUCUUGGGGAGGUUGUUGUUCUCUUGGGGUAUUUCAGUAAUGCUUCAGCAACCUUGCCCCAUUGACAGAGGGCGCUACUCACGCUCCCGUUGAGGAGACCUUUGAUGAACUUCUGCUAGCUACCUUAUCCUCACAAACCGAGAGUGACAGAUCAGUCUCUUUAACAGGGAGUGCUUUCAGUUUUAACAGGUAAAAGUUGGCAUAUCAUUAACCUUGGCAUUAGUGUGCAAGAAUAAAUGCAUAGCUCCUGCUGGUUCUUUUUUUUUUCCUGGGGUAACAGAUUCUCCCUGCAGCCCUUCAGCACAUCCCAGCUUGGACUAUGCCUUUUUAAAAACCCUCGUAGUCACCAUGGCCACGUGUGAUGCUGUGAGCGAGGGCAACCCUCUAACCGAGUCAAAGGCACACUGGUGGUGCCGACCUGGCAGUCUUUGGAAGCACAGUCCCAGCUUUCCGGCUCAUGUCUCUCUGUAUUGAUUGUGUGUGUCAAUUUCUUCAAGAUGAAAACUGUACCUGGCUGUAUCAGUACCUGUGAAUGUGCCGAUUCCCCUCCCCGGAGCGUUUCUGAUGUUUGACGUGUGUUCCCUCCCUCCGCUGGAGGCUGUGUAUCACUCCUUUACCAUGUCAGAUCAUGUGGAUUCUCUAGUUUGAUGUCAUUGAUGGCAGCAGUGUGUGUGAUUCUUUGGUGAAUGCACAAAUUUAUUUUUUACCGUCAAUAAAAUAAACGUAAUCUUUUGGUGCAGCCACGUGGCUGUCGA